CAAGAUGAGGACGUCGAAGACGAAGACGAUGCAGAAGAACCUGGUUCGGGUUCGAGAGCACGUGAAGAUGUAGACGACGACCAGGACCACGACCAGGACCAGGGCCAGGAGGAGGAGGAGGAGGAGGACGAGGAAGAGGAAAACGAUAUCAAAUGCUCCAAUGGAGUGGAUGUGAAGUUGCCCUGUCACGUUUUGGGCAAACAGGCGGACCACAAGGAUGAUGAUGGUGAAGAGGAUGAGGAACAGGACAAUGAAGAGGGUGGGAAGGAUGAAGACGGAGCGGAGAAGUCGGACAGUGAGGACGACGGGGAGAAUGAAGAACAGACGAACGAUACGAACCAAAGUGAGGAGGCAGAGGAGGAAGAAAUAAGCGAGAAACAGCAGAAUUCGGACGAGACCACGGACGAGCAGAGCAACGAGGAACAAGGGAGCGAGGAACAAGAUGAUUAUGAACGAGAAAGUGAAGAGAAUGAACGUGCAGAAGAGGAGGAGGUGGAAGAAGUGCGGGAGCAAGAGGAGGACGGUCGAGAGGAGGAACAGGAGAACGAGGAGGAGGAAGUUGUGCAACCCCCGAGAAAGAAGAAGCGAUGUCGUUGUCGCAAGAAAUAUGCCAGAGGCGAUGAAGAUGAUGAACAAGAGGAGGAACAAAAUGAAGGCUAG